CGACGAUGGCGAUCAUACAACCAGAAGCGUACCUCCUCUUGAGCCUCCCGGGCGCAACGCUCAAGCUCGCCAGCACCGGGCGCACCUACACCGGCGUGCUCAACCUCGAGUGCGUCACCGUCGCCCUCGAGAACGCCGCUGCCGAUGGCGACAGCGACGUCUACCUCGUUAUCCGCCUCGACGAAUUCGAGACCGCGCUGGACCCGACGAAGCCGGUGUCGCUGGACAUCGCGCCGGACGGGGCGCGCGCGUAUACAUUCCACGACUGCUUGGUGCCGAGCGGCGGGACGGCGGACGUCGUGCUCAGCGUGCCUGGGAAGGCGGAGCCUGACCUCGAGGCGCUCGAUGGGAUACUAUCGCAAUACGCUGAGACGUUUUACACAACUGGAGACUCUCAAUCAAAGCCCGGUCCGUCUCAAGCAGAUCCGCCUCCGCUCGACACCAAAGACCAGGACCUGCGCGGGCACCUCGUCCUGGUGGACGAGGACAACGGGCAGGUGAUCGGCGCGCUGGACACCAAGUUGAAUGUCCACGAGGACGCGUCGCUGCGGGAGAAGGGCAAGGAGAACGAGCCGGUCGUGAUCGAGGUCCCUGAGGGCGAGGACCUGGACGCGCUGGGCGCGCACGAGGUGUUCGUGCGCGCGAUCCCGCCGGGGGAGCAUAAUUGGAUGACGAAGGGCGCGUCUAUCGUGAGCCAAGCGAUCACCGCAGGCACCUCCCUGCUCCUCACCGGCGUCACCCGCGCGUCCGACUACUACGUCUCCAACUCCGCCCCCUCCGCCUCCGCCUCUGCCCCUUCCACUUCAUCCAACUCCGGGCCCUCCACCCAACCUCAAUCCAGCAUCCCGCUGGCGAUGCUCACCUCGGAGCGCACGCGCAAGGGCCUCGCGCAGGUGCACGCCGUGUCGGGGCAGGCGGUGAAGGUGAGCCAGCGGACCGUGGGCAUGGUCGAGGGGCUCGUGAAGCGCGUCAUCGGGUCGUCGUCCGGUGCUGGUGCCAGUAGCAGUACCGCUAGUGGAAGCGGGAAGCCCCCGCUCCCGCCGCGCAGCAGCCCCGCGCCGUCUGCGUACGGCUCAGCUCCGCCUCCGUACACCCCGUACCAGCCAAAUCCGGCCAGGCUGCACCCAGGCGAGAAACCCGCGCUCCCGCCGCGCCGCACGCCCUCUCCCUCUCCGACCCCGGCGAGCGUGGUGAUCCCGACUACCGACUCCGCGCCGCAGAAGCUGAGCACGCGCGACCGGCUCGCGCUCUCGGCCGACCUGAUCCUGUCGACGCUGGACGACUCGACGCGGCGGAUAUUCGACGUCGGGAGCGAGAGCGUGGCGAAGGUCGCCGGGCACAAGUACGGCCCGGAGGCGGGGCACAACACGCGGCUGCUGAUGCACACGGGGAGGAAUGUGGCGCUGGUGUAUAUCGAUAUGCGCGGGAUUGGGAGGAGGGCGCUGGUGAAGAAGGCAGGAAAGGAGUUUGUGCGGAGUCGGGUGCUGGCGAAGAAGGCGGAGGUGAGGAAGAGCUGAGGGACGGCGGUGUGUGUGUGAUUUAGGGCGUUUGCAUUAUGAGGUGUACAGUUAGGGUUGGAUGGUGGAAUGUUCUCCGCUAGGAAGGUAAAGCACGUACGUUCAUCUGUAAUACACGAUGUAUCUUACCACAGAAGAAAUAAAUAAAUACCCCAGACUCUCAA